GCGGGCGCUCUCACGGCUCCCCCUUCUCCUGGCCCCUCCCGGGUCCUCCUGCGACCUGGGUUAAGUGGGCAGGGGUCUGCGAGGGUCCUUUCCCGCCGAGGGCUCGUCCAGAGGGCCGGAUCUUCAGGCGGGCGAGAAAGGCUCCUCCAAGAUUGCCAGGCAGCGCCCUCCCCGCUGCCUAGGCAGCCGCGGCCCCGGCCCGGAGCCCAGCAGGGGCGUGUCCCCGCGCUCACCUGCCAUUGGGCAGGUGGGGCCGCCGGCGCUUUGGCAGGGGCCGUAUUAUAAAUGCGGAGCCGCUGGCAGCGGAGCCAGGCGCGUCGCAGGAUGGUGGAGAGCGUGUACCGGACCCGCUCCCUGGGGGUGGCGGCUGAAGGGCUCCCGGACCAGUACGCGGACGGAGAGGCGGCGCGUGUGUGGCAGCUUUACAUCGGGGACACCCGCAGCCGCACCGACCAGUACAAGGCCUGGCUGCUCGGGCUGCUGCGCCGGCACGGCUGCCAGCGGGUGCUCGACGUGGCCUGCGGCACCGGGCCUGACUGUCCCCUCUGCCUGUCAUCCCUGGUCCUGCCCAGGGUGGACUCCAUCAUGCUGGUGGAAGAGGGCUUCAACGUGACAAGUGUGGAUGCCAGUGACAAGAUGCUGAAGUAUGCACUUAAAGAGCGCUGGAACCGGCGGCACGAGCCUGCCUUUGACAAGUGGGUCAUUGAAGAAGCCAACUGGAUGACUCUGGACAAAGAUGUGCCCCAGCCACCAGGGGGUGGCUUCGAUGCUGUCAUUUGCCUUGGAAACAGUUUUGCCCACUUGCCAGACUGCAAAGGGGACCAGAGCGAGCACCAGCUGGCCCUGAAGAACAUCGCGAGCAUGGUGCGCUCAGGGGGCGUGCUGGUCAUUGAUCAUCGCAACUACGACCACAUCCUCAGCACAGGUUGCGCACCCCCAGGAAAGAACAUCUACUACAAGGGUGACCUGACCAAGGACGUCACGACGUCAGUGCUGACAGUGAACAACAAGGCCCACGUGGUGACCCUGGAUUACACAGUGCAGGUGCCGGGGACUGGCCAGAGCGGUUCUCCUGGCUGGAGUAAGUUCCGGCUCUCCUACUACCCUCACUGUCUGGCAUCCUUUACGGAGUUGCUUCAAACAGCCUUCGGGGGCAAGUGCCAGCACAGCGUUCUGGGUGACUUCAAGCCAUACAAACCAGACCAGGCCUACAUUCCCUGCUAUUUCAUCCAUGUGCUCAAGAAGAUGGACUGAGCAAGGCCUCAGCCUCCACAGCCCUCUGCCCAGGCGCUGCCAGGCUCUGUACGGGGAGGAGGGGACCCACACCAAGCCCAGCCCCCUCCAGUGCAGGUCCUGGGGUGUGGGGAGCGGCAGACUGCAGCUGGGGGGCAGGGAUUUGGGUUCAGGCAGAUGGAAAGCUGAACAAUAUAGUCUAUGCCUUUUUCACGUCCUGUA